AUGACCAACCUGAAGAUGCUACUCUUGGCUGCCCUCAUCCUCACUGCUGUAGCACUUCAAGGCACUGAAGCAGGUCCCUAUGGUGCCAAUGUGGAGGACAGCAUCUGCUGCAAGGACUAUGCCCGUUACCCCCUGCCCCUGCGUGUGAUGAAAGAUUUCUACUGGACCUCAGACUCUUGCAGGAAGCCUGGCGUGGUACUGAUUACCAUCAAGAAUCGGGAGAUCUGUGUUGACCCCAGGAUGCUCUGGGUGAAGAAGAUUCUCAAGAAGCUGAGCGAAUGA